AUGGGCGCCAGCUGGCCUCGGCCUCCUACGACAGCACCCGGCCCGGUCAACUCGGUGGCCUUCUCGCCGGAUGGGCGCCAGAUUGCAUCAGCCUCCAUCGACAACACCGUCAAGGUCUGGGACGCGGCCACCGGCCAGUGUCAGCAGACGCUGGAGGGCCACAGCGGCCCGGUCAGGUCCGUGGCCUUCUCGCCGGAUGGGCGUCAGCUGGCCUCGGUCUCCUACGACAGCACCGUCAAGCUCUGGGACACGGCCACAGGCCAGUGCCAGCAGACGCUGAAGGGCCACAGCGGCCCGGUCAACUCGGUGGCCUUCUCGCCGGAUGGGCGCCAGAUUGCAUCAGCCUCCAUCGACAACACCGUCAAGGUCUGGGACGCGGCCACCGGCCAGUGUCAGCAGACGCUGGAGGGCCACAGCGGCCCGGUCAGGUCCGUGGCCUUCUCGCCGGAUGGGCGUCAGCUGGCCUCGGUCUCCUACGACAGCACCGUCAAGCUCUGGGACACGGCCACAGGCCAGUGCCAGCAGACGCUGAAGGGCCACAGCGGCCCGGUCAACUCGGUGGCCUUCUCGCCGGAUGGGCGCCAGAUUGCAUCAGCCUCCAUCGACAACACCGUCAAGGUCUGGGACGCGGCCACCGGCCAGUGCCUGCGAACGACGGAGGGCCACAGCGGCAAGGUCAACUCGGUGGCCUUCUCGCCGGAUGGGCGCCAGAUUGCAUCAGCCUCCAUCGACAACACCGUCAAGGUCUGGGACGCGGCCGCCGGCCAGUGCCAGCAGACGAUGGAGGGCCACAGCGAUGGGGUCACGUCGGUGGCCUUCUCGCCGGAUGGGCACCAGAUUGCAUCAGCCUCCAUCGACAACACCGUCAAGGUCUGGGACGCGGCCACCGGCCAGUGCCAGCAGACGAUGGAGGGCCACAGCGAUGGGGUCACGUCGGUGGCCUUCUCGCCGGAUGGGCACCAGAUUGCAUCAGCCUCGGACGACAACACCGUCAAGGUCUGGGACGCGGCCACCGGCCAGUGCCAGCAGACGCUGCAGGGCCACCGCAGCCUGGAAAACGUGUUCGAGGUGACGAUCCAGAAACAAAGUCAAGAGCCUGGUGAGCGGCAUCAUGUGCUCUCACAGCACGGCGUAUGGAUUGCGAAUAACUCUCACAACAUACUUUGGUUACCUCCGGAAUACCGAGCGGCAUGUCACGCGGUGGAAGGAUCGAGAAUAGCUGUUGGAUGUCAGUCGGGCCGUGUAUUCUUUUUGAAGUUUGCGUUAGAGAGUUAUUCGCUGUAAAUC